AUGUCUGCCGCUACAAAGAAGCCCCCGGCUGGAGGUGUUGGCCGAGUAUCACACGCCGACUCUUCUUCUUCCUCCUCAAGUCCUUCUGUCUCGCGUCCCACCUCCAGAUCGACUACCCCCACCAGUAAUGGCCAUAACCGCACUCGAUCGCUACGAACAACCGCACCUGUGUCGGCUCGUGCCGCCAUUGCCCGAAGGGAUACGCUCAGUGCAGCUGACUCGGAUGCUCGAUCCGAGGCUGCUGCUGCCGUCGAGGAUCUCCAGAAGCGUCUGGAAAAUGAAGAGAAGAUUUCCCUCCAGUAUAAGCGCCAGGCUGAGGUUCUCCAGUCUAAACUGGACGAGGCGGUCAAGGAGUCCGCGAAACUAGAGGAGAAAGCGCACGAAUACGAAGAGCAGAUCGAGAUUUUGAAUAACGAGAAGCGAGAGGGAACUCGUCAGAUGCGUGAGAUGGAAUCUAUUUACGAGGCGGAACGCAGUUCUAUUCUUAAGGAGAAAGAGGAGAUGGCGAACCGAGAAGAGGAGAUGCAGGCCAUGAUCCAACGACUCAAGGACAGUCUCGCCCAGCGAAACAACUUCGUUGAAGAGAGUCGCCCUUCAAGACAGCAUUCCGGCUGUUCAUCGCCGUCUGUCGAAAACGGCAGCUUUGCCCCUCCAUCCUCCAUACAGCGCAGCGACUCACGGAAUAGCUCAAAACUUAUCCUCCAGAAAGACAAGCUUAUUGAAUCGCUACGGCUCGAACUCGCUGAGGCUCAGAUCAAACUAGUCGAGACGGAGAACCAGGGUGGCGGUCGAGUGCAUGAAGUCGAGCGACUUCUCAUGGAAGCUCGCAUGGCCAACGCCCGGCUUAUGGAGGACAACGAGAGUUACCAGCUGCUUCUACAGGAGCGAACCCUCAAGGGCGACUUUGGACAGAACGACUUCAGUUACAUGGGCAGCAACUCCAACCAGGAUGCUCUGGCUGCCCUAGAGGGCAAGGCAGGAGGCUCUAGUCUCGCUGAUGAGUUGUCUGAAGCCACUGAAGGGGAGUCCGUCUCCGUCUCCGAUGCCGACCGUCGCAUCGAGGCUGAGGUCAAGUCCAUGAAGGAGCAGAACAAGGCGCUCACGCUAUAUAUUAACAAGAUUAUUGAACGUCUUCUUCAGCACCAAGACUUCGAGUCGAUCCUCGAUACGUCGAGCGAUUUGAAAAGCCUCCCAGACACCAACAAGGACCUCCCCCCCGCGCCUGUCGACAAGCAACAGCAGCCUCCUGGGACAAUUCUCCAGCGAGCAAAGUCCAUGGCUGUCGGCCCUACCAAACCGAGGCCUCGGCCCAUAUCAGUCAUGCAACCCUCUACAACCUCAGAUCAUACCGACCCAGACAAAGCACCUAGUAUUCCCAUCGGCUUAUCAAGAUCGACAAGCACAAGACGGUCUCCACGGCCACAGAGCGACCAAUAUACUGGGGCUGCCAGCCUGGUCAGCCAGAUGUACCGGGGGCCAGACGGCCCCGUCUCUCCACCGCUUGGGACUCCACGCCACUCCCAAACCUUCUUCUCGCCGCCCAACAACUCGGGCAACCCUAACGCGGCCGCCCGGGUGCCUAGCGGAGCCUCGGUGGCCACCUCCGGCAACUUUCCUGGGAUGCGGAGCGAGACCUCCAGCUUGAGCGGGGAUUCUGGCGAGAUGUCCAUGUCCACGCCGCCGUCGCAGUCACCACCCCGAUCUCACACUGAUAGGCACACGACGUCGUUCGCGGGAGGCAAGCCGAGGCCGCUUCGUCUGGUUCAGGAGAACCCAGACGCUGUCAAGGAGAACAAGAGAGCCAGCUGGUACUCCCCAUUCACCUGGGGAGCCAAGAAGGACGAGCAGCAGGUACCAUCAGGCAACCCAAUCCCUGAGUAG